UCGUCGAACUCCGACUUGACUCCUGCUCGGUCCACCUGCCCACUGUCCUUUGUCGCUAUCUCUCUCUCUCUCUCUCUCUCUCUCUUCACGCGGUGGUCAAGCUGUCCAAAUCAGAUCAUAUCCGACUCGAUCAUCUGCCCAGCAGUGCACUUUCCACUCGCUUACCGCCCAACGACCUCCCUCCACUCGGUUCUUCCGACGAUUCAGAUAACGAUUCCAUAUCUUCCAACAUGUCGUAUGGAUCUGUAGAUAGAGGCGGAGCGAGUAGCAGGGAUGCGAGGAGGAAUCGAAUCAUCUCCACACGAUCCGUAAGAUCCACGAGGACAGUCAGAGACGUCCAUGCGAUGGGUCACGCCUCCAUCCUCUCGUCCGUGACCAAUCUCGCCAAUACAGUCAUUGGCGCUGGAGCACUUGCAUUCCCAUCGGCCUUUGCAGCGAUGGGACUGAUACCUGGGAUCUUGUCCUGCAUCUACAGCGGAUGUGUCACCAGUUUCGGAUUGUACCUCUUGACGAGGUGUGCCACAAUGGUAGCGAGAAAACCAGGUGACGAAGGCAGGAAACCGAGUUUCACAGAGGUUGCGAGGAUAGCGUUUGGUAAAGGUUGGGCGACGAGACUGUUCGAUUUCGCCAUCGCCAUCAAGUGCUUUGGUGUGUCUAUAUCGUACCUGAUCAUCUGUAAAACACUCCUUCCGCAAGUCACAUACACAUUCGCCAAAGCCAUACAUCACCCUCUACCAGAAGACUCUAUUCUCCACUCGCAGGAUUUUUGGCUCGUCGCCAUGAUGAUCGUCAUCGUCCCACUGUCGUUCCUCAAAACGUUGGACAGUCUGCGGUUCACCUCGCAGAUCGCAUUAUCCACUGUCGUUUAUCUCAUCAUCGUUGUGGUCGGAUCAUAUGCCCUCAAGGGACCCUCUGCCAAUCGUGGAGAAGUCGUCUUGGCCAGAUUUGGUAGAACAACAUUAUCGAGUCUGCCAGUGCAGGUAUUUGCAUUCACCGAUAACUCACACCUCUUCCAGAUCUUCCCGAUCUACUGCGAGCUCAAGGACAAGACGCAGAAGCGCUUGAACACUGUCAUCGCCGUGUCUAUUGGGUCUUCAGCCUUGUGUUACGAAGUGAUAGGAUACCUCACAUUUGGUGAUCGCGUUGGCAGUAACAUCAUCGCCAUGUACCCCGCCACAUCUAUCUUCAUCGCCAUUGGUCGAUUCGGUAUCGUCCUCCUUGUCGGAUUCUCCUACCCUCUUCAACUCUUGCCGUGUAGACAAUGUGUCCAUGGUUUGACUUCUGGAUUACUCAAAUCAGCUUCGCCCGAUAUAGCCACUGCCUCAUCAUCGACGACCAAUCAGCCGGAAGCGGAUGAGGAUGAAGAAGAGUUGGACGAGGAUGAUUCGCUUUUACGGAAAGACGACGACGAAGAGGAAGAGGAGGAGCGAGGACCAGGCGAUAUGAGCAGGACGAAAUUCAUCACGAUCACCGUCUUGAUCGUUAUUGUUUCAUUCUUGAUCGCUGCAGAGGUCGACGAGUUGGAAGUCGUCCUCGGAUUUGUCGGAUCUACAGGAUCGACCAUCCUCUCUUUCAUCCUGCCUGGUUUCUUCCACUUUGCCCUGUUCCGUCAAGAAAAAGGUCGCGUCAAGUGGUUCGCAUUGGCUUUGGGCAUAUACGGUAUAGCCGUCAUGUGUUUCAGUUUAACAUACAAUAUUGUCAAUUUGCAAACGCGCCAUACUGGAAAGCCAUAGGCCUCUCCCGGGGAGGGGUCAUGCGGAUGCAUUUGCCGCAAACUUUUCGUUCACCG